AUGUUCUGUUGUAUUCCAAAUGUUGUAUCAACUAGACGAGUGAAAAUUGAUCGAUACUCAAUUGGUAAUCCAAUCGACUUUCGGCAUGUUUCACACAUGGGGAGCUCAGCACUUUAUGAAGAUGAUGUGUCUAGUGCUCUAGGUCUUCUGGAUCACCAGUCUCUACCAGUGCACUUAAAACUGAUAGACCUACCAAAGUUGUCGAAUAACAAUACUUCAUUGUCAGCAGAUACUCUAGUUCCAUCCAACAUAUGUAUCAAUUCCACAAUUUCCUAUUCUGUUACCAAUCCGGAACCAAUAUUAUCAACUGCAACGAAAUCGAGUAAAAGAAAUUCCUUUUUGAAUACAACUUCCGUGUUACCUGAAUCAACUGAAACAGGCAAUAAUGUUAUGCGUCAUUCAGCUCACUUAGGCGGUCUGAAGCCUUCAAGAGUACCAUCUUUAGAUCUUAGUUUGCCGUUACCGCCACCGCCUCCACCACCACCUCCUGUAAAUGCUGUCAACCUUUUCUCUAUGCUGCGGUCAUCCUAG